GUCGUAACCUUACACAGCCCAACCCUCAGCUCACAUAAAAACUACUCUGUCCCUCUUCAUCUUCAUACCCGUACACAGUUCAGAUCCCCUAUCUGCAUUCAAAAGAGAACGAUAGAUACCUGCAAAUCCAACUCAAUCACGCCCUAUUACCUCACCUUUACCAUCCCCUCGAUUGCAACCCCUCACCACCACUCACGAUGAAGAAGUUUGGCUUUGGAAAGAAGGGCGAAAAGGGCGACAAAAACGCUCCGCCAGCAGCAAAUCCAUACGCACAACAAGCGCCAUCCGCAGAUCCAUACGCCCAGGACAACAACAAAUAUGCGAAUAUGCCUCCAGCGGGACCACCGGCAGCCUCGCCUUACCAGCAAGCUCGACAAGGACUCUCUCAAGGUCCCGGACGUGGUGGCCUACCCAGUGGCCCAGGUGGCGGACGAGGACCGGCACCAAACCGUGCUCCUUCAAAUGGCAGUGGAUAUGGAGCUGAGAAGUAUGGCAGCGGAGGUGGUUAUGGUGCCAAUAGAUAUGAUACCUCUCCUGCCCCGCCUUCCGACACGGGAAACAAAUAUGGCCCUGGUGGCUACGGUGGUUUACAGCGGAACAACAGCAGCGAUACUACAACAACAGAGGACAAUCGAGAUGCGUUGUUUGGAGGUGCGAAGGACCGAUAUGCCCAGCGAGGUCCUAUGCCUCCACCCAACUCUAGACAGCCUGGCGGUUACGGUACCGAGUCAGGGGCAGAUGGUGGUGGAUAUGGGGGGGAUAGACAGCUUACAGCAGAAGAAGAGGAAGAGGAAGAUGUGGCAGCAACCAAACAACAAAUUCGUUUCAUGAAGCAAGAGGAUGUUUCAUCUACUCGAAGGGCACUACAAAUUGCGGCCCAAGCUGAGGAGACUGGACGAGCAACACUUGCCCGACUAGGUGCACAAGGAGAGCGUAUCCACAAUACAGAGAAGAACCUAGAUAUUGCCGCCAAUCAUAACCGAAUUGCGGAAGCGAAAGCCAAGGAGUUGAAGACUUUAAAUAGGAGCAUGUUCGCCGUCCACGUCAGUAACCCUUUCACGGUAUCUUCAAGAAGAGAAGCACGCGACCAAGAAAUCGUGGAGAAGCAUCGCCUCGAGAGAGAGGAACGUGAGGCUACUCGACAAGCCGCUUUUGGGUCCCAGCAACGAAUGGAAUCUACUUUUAAAAAGCUGCAACCCGGAGACGUCGGAUAUCGUGCACCGGGCGCCAAAGCCAGUCUUGCAGAACGUUCAAAGUAUCAGUUCGAGGCCGACUCGGAAGAUGAUGAAAUGGAGAAUGAGAUUGAUGCUAACCUUGACGCCAUGAGCGGUGCAGUGGGCCGAUUGAAUUUGCUGGCAAAAGCAACAGGCCAGGAGGUUGAGGCACAGAACGUGUUGCUCGAGAGGGUCACGGACAAGGUGAGUUCAAUUCAAUUCUUGAUCGUGAUUAGAUUGCUAACUCUCAUAUUAGACCAACAAAGUGGACGAUCAAAUUGUCAUGAACAGAGCGAGGUUGGAUCGUAUCAAGUAAUUGGAGCACACUUUAUUUAUACUUUUUUUUGGUGGGGCUCCAAGGUCCACGUUAGGCAUUGUUUGGGCGUUUUGAUGAAUGGGCAUCUAAAACAUCAGUGAUACUACUGGUAAUCUGCGUUUUCGUAGUGCCCUUUUCUAAGCACCUUUCUUCCCCAAGAUCCUUCUCUGCGCUCUUCAAUCCCGUCGUUCCCGGUAGCACUAUCAAGCUGUUGACUCUGUGAGCGCUGCCUUGAUAUGUGAAGUGGUGAUGUGAUAUGAAGGCUUACUCGCGUGGUCGUACGGACAGGGAAGAAGGCGUAGAUUACAGAAUAGAUAUUACUAGUACUUGGUCAAGGAGCAGCG